AUGUCCGGCGCAGCGUCUUUGGGCGUGAUGAAGGCAAAACUGAAGGGUGCCGAGACCGGCCACAGCUUGUUGAAGAGGAAAAGUGAAGCUCUUACGAAACGCUUCCGAGAAAUUACUCGUCGCAUUGAUGAGGCCAAGCGCAAGAUGGGUCGCGUUAUGCAGAUAGCAUCUCUCUCCCUAGCCGAAGUCACCUACGCCGCUGGCGGAAACAUCGGGUAUCAAAUCCAAGAGUCGGCGAAAUCAGCGCGAUUUCGCAUUCGCACAAAGCAGGAGAAUGUGUCAGGCGUGCUGUUGCCUACUUUUGAAGUGUACAUCGCGGAGGGCAGCAACGACUUUGCCAUGACGGGUUUGGGUAAAGGCGGCCAGCAAGUUCAGCGUCAAUGCCAUGUUGCCAACAAGAAGCAACGAGACACAACUGCUCUGGAUGAGGAACUCAAAAAGAAGACAGAUCAAAACAGAGAAGCAGCGGGCUCAGAACAGCCCCCGGCAGAACCUGCCGAUCUUCUUAAAUCUGUCGAAGACGAGGAUGUUAUCUUUUAG